CGGCCUGGACUCCCCUGGAGCAGGCCGGCCUGCUUCUAGAGGAUGAGCGCACCGCCGUGGCCGGCGUGCCCGUCCGCGGCGCCACCAUGCCCGCCCUGGUCAAGCUGCUCAUCCACUCUUUCGAGGUGGACGGCGCGGUGUCGGCCGCGGCCUUCCAGCUGCCGCGCGUGGUGUUGGUGAUGCACCGCUGGUGGACUUCGGCCGCGAACCUCGCCUCGCUGCUGGGGGAAGCGUACAAGGACGUCGCCAAGGAGGAAUGCCAGAAAGGCGCCUGCGCGCACCGCUCCAAGGACGUGGCCACGUGUGGCGUGGCCAGGGAGCAGCUGCAAGUCUGCCACGUGUUUAGGUACUGGAUGGCCAACUUCCCGCUGCAGUUCGAGGUGGAGCCCGGCCUGGUGCUCGUGGUGCAGGACUUCCGCAUGCAGGUGCCCCAGGAGUGGGGCGGGCUGGUGGACACCAACGUGCUGCCCAGCUUCGACUGGAUGCGCAACCCCUCGGUGCGGCCGGGGCAGCAGCAGCCACAUCAGAGCGAGCAGUUCCAACAGGCACUGCCGCAGUCAGGCACUCCGCACGAUGAGCGUGUGUCGCUCGUCUUCAACCACAUGGAGGCCCAGCAGCUGGCAGAGCACAUCACGUUCCUGGAGCAUAAAGUCAUCCGAAGGAUCACAUUCCACGACCUGAAGCUCUACGCGGUGAGCGGCCGGCUGCAGGACGCGCCGCGCCUGGAGCGCUCCGUGUCGCUGUUCAACGGGCUGACGCAGUGGGUGCAGUGCAUGGUGCUGAGCCGCACCACGCCGCAGGAGCGCGCCGAGGUCAUCGAGAAGUACAUCAACGUGGCCAAGUGCCUGCAGCAGCUGCACAACUACAACUCCCUGAUGGCGGUGGUGGGUAGCCUGAGCCACUCGGCGCUGGCCCGCCUCUCCAAGACCUACGCCUGUCUCCAGCCCGCCUCCAGCCGCGCGCUGGAGGGGCUCAGCGAGCUGCUGUCCUCCGCGUCCAACUUUAGCAACUACCGCCGCGCCCUGCACGACUGUCAGGGCUUUAAGAUACCCAUCCUUGGGAUCCACUUGAAGGACAUGAUCGCCAUCCACGCGGCCCUGCCCGACUUGCUCCCCGGCGACUACAUCAACGUCCGCAAGAUGGCGCAGCUCACCCCCAUCGUGGCCGAGCUGGAAGAUCUGGCCCACGUGACGCCCCCCGUCAUCGCGCACAUGGACGUCGUCAACACGCUGCGGCUCUCGCUGGACGUGCAGCACACCGAGGACGACAUCUACGAGCUGUCGCUGGCCCGCGAGCCCAGGAACUCGUCGUCGCCGCCGACGUCCCCGACGACGCUGGCAGCCCGGGCGAACGUGUUCGCUGAGUUCGCGUGCGCUCCGUGUUCGCCGCCAGACACGGCCACUAUCGAGAAGCACGUCCACGCCAUGGUGGACGCCGUGUUCAAGCACUACGACAACGACCGGGACGGCUACAUCUCUAGGGAGGAGUUUGACUCCGUCAACACCAACUUCCCCUUCAUCGCCUCCUUCUGCGUGCUCGACGCCGACCAUGACGGCAUGAUCAGCCGGGACGAGAUGAUGAAGUACUUCGUCCACGCCAACUGCCACGCGCUCAAGAGCCUCAAGAACGGCUUCAAGCACGGCUUCCACGAGACGACGUACUUCAAGCCCACCUUCUGCGCGCACUGCGCCGGCCUGCUGUGGGGGUUGAUCCGGCAAGGCUUCAAGUGCCGCGACUGCGGCAUCAACGCGCACAAGCACUGCAAGGACCUGGUGGUGAUGGAGUGCCGGCCCAAGCAGCACGGCGACAAGGACAAAGACAAGGACAAGGACGGCGCCUCGUCGUCCUCCUCGCACGCCGGCACGGCACGCCGCCGCUUCCGACGCAAGAAGAAGUCCUCCGUGUCGGAGAGCGAGUCGUCGCCGCCCAGCCCAAAGUGCUCGGUGACGUCCAUGGCGUCGCAGGGGUCGCAGAGCUCGCAGGGCUCGGGGCACGGCUCGGGGCACGGCUCGGGGCACGGCUCGGGCCCCGGCUCUGCUGCGGGCUCUUCCAUCGGCGAGGACAUGCUGGAGACCCCCGACGGCCCCGCCCACGUCCACGGCGCCCACGGCCCCCACGGCCUGCACUGCCAGCAGCCUGGGGGUGCCUGGGGGCCCGGGCCGCGGAGGAAGAUCAGUGACUCCCUGCUGGUGCCCCUGCUGGGCUCCCACGGGCAUGGCCAUGGCCCCUCCCGAGGCCUCCGCACGCAGAACAGCUGCCCCGAGACUUCGUCGUGCUGCUCGAAACUCCAGAGCCACGGCUUCGGCCACGGCGCCGGCCACCGCACGACGCUCGCGGACGUGGCCCGUGACGUGGCACAACUAGUGCACCCCCCGUCCGCGUCCGUCCUACAUUCCGGCAACAUCCACACCCCGCCGACGUCUCUGAUGCUGCACCAAGCCCCCGGGCACGCCCCCGGGCACGCCCCCGGGCACGGCCCUGGGCUCGGUGCUAUGGGCUUAGGGCUCGCCACCAACGCACCGCCCGCUCCGUUGCCCCUAGAGCCCCCCGGCCUCAGCACGGUAGAGACCCUCCAGCAAAAACUGCAGGCGUCCGAAGAGCAACGGCAGUGGCUGCAACGCGAGAAUCAGAUGCUGAACCAGCGCGUGGAGGACCUGCUUCGGGAGAACCAAAGCCUCCGCGACCAGAUGGGUCACGAGCGCGGCCACACCGCCACCUUCAUUAUGCGCCAGAUGGACGCCAUGAACCUCCAGCGCGACUCCCACGUGUGAACACGUGUAAACACGUGUGAAGGGAAGGGAGCUGUCUAGACAGUGUCUACAGCCCCUGCGUUCCUAUUUUUGUUUCCUCCUACAGUAUGAGUGUUUGAUGAGAAUUGCGCUGGUCGCUUGUAUUUUUUAUGUUACUUUUUGUCUAGUCCGUUUUGGGUAGGUGAAGGGCCAGGCGAGUGCCCAUGUAGAGACGUGUGAUUAUGUAGUCAAUGCAAUUAUUUUGCGAAUCUCUGUCGGUCUGCGCGAACAGGGACGUGGUGCGUUGAAUCUCGCUGGCGAGUUGAGCGAAACACUGUUCGCGGGUGCGUAUGGCGUGACAUUGUUUUAUUAUUGCUACGAAAGAAAGGGUUUGCAUUCCUCGAUGAAAGAUGGACGAUUAAUUUUAAAAUCAAUCAACUAAUAAAAUCUCGUUUUCAUCGUAGAUUUUCAACUAUUUGACUUAGCAUUCCUCAAAACUUAUGAUAUGUGUUAAAUAUUUAGAAUUUAAUAAGUUAUCUUUGUUAGUAGUUGUGGUUGUUGGCCCGGAUGAAGUCUUACACUAUGUAAGAAAUAUGAAGAUUCAGGAGGCACGAGAAAAGCUUCGUAGACCAUUCUCACUACAUUUUUCAAACAUUCUUUCAAAUAUUAAAAAAACAGAUGAUGUUAUUCUUCACAACUCCACAGUAUAGAAAUGCGAUAACUAUCCGCUUCUCUAAAACAUUGAUGGCUCGAGGGCAAAUCUAAACAGCGACAUCAUAGAGUCGAUUAAUUAAUACGUAUCAAUACACGGCUCAUUGCCGUAAUGUCCAGUUAAAAACCCAAUGUAUACCAAAGAUUAUAGGUAAUAAGGGUUGGGGGAUGUAUUAAUCCAACCUUUUGGGCAUAUAAUUCUUAUAAAAUGCAUCUUCAUAGAGUGACGUUAGUUAUUUUUAGACAUUUCAAAUUUAUUUAUAUUUGUCUUAUAAAUUUAAGAGAUUACAUGUUGAUUAAAUGAAUAAAGUAAUUAUUUACCUAUGAAAAUUAAAGUUUUGUAAAUAUAUUUUGUAGUUGGGUGUUGCUUGUCUUCUAAGAUUAACAAUUGCUCUAUAAAAGUAUUUUUCAACUUCAUUUCUCAAAAUAAUUUUCCAUUUUGUUAAGGUACUACCUUCUUUGCCUUUUAAAUUUCAGUUAGUCGUUGGACCAAUUUUGCUUAGUUCGGGACCAAGGAAGUUAGUUAGUGUGACCAGUGGAUAAUUAAGUUAGUUAUGGCGUAUUGAAUCUUCAACAAGAGGAGUGUUGGCAUUGUUUUGCAGCUACUUUAUUGGUUUGAGGACCCUGCCUUUCCGUUUCCCUUGUCUUGUCGUGUCUUACCCUGUGACUUUCGAUGACCAUUAUUUUAUCUCUUCUUUCGUUCUUAUUGUGAUGAUAUUUUUAUUAUUGAUAUUUUGAAGUAUUCAUUGUGCAUUGAUGAGGACUCUUUAUCUUAGAUAACCAGCUAGCGCAUAUCACGAUGUAAAAAUUCUCGUGUUAUUUUAAUAUUAGUAACUUAAAAUGUUUUUCUUGUCUUCACAAGUACAAGUACAUGUCUAACUUGGAGUUGUGUCAAUUUAAUUAAAAUCAUGUAGGCGCGAGAACCAAAUUUUUAGCGAUUCAGCAUAAAAUAGCGAUGUAUUUAUCCUCUAAAAUCUGCAUCAAAAAUUUAUUUCUUCAUUUAUGUCUGUUUACUAAGCUAAUAUCCGUAGUUUUGCGUAGUAAACUCGUAAUGGAAUCUCUUAGAAUGUUGAUCAAAAUGAACUAUUUAAUUUGUUCAUUAUAGAAAACAAAUCAACAAAAAACAAAAAAGAUGAAAAAAAUUCUUUGAGGACGAGCGUGUAAGUCACGACUACGGACCCAUCUUGAUGUAGGCAGGGGGCGCAAUCCCAACUUCACUGGUGUUAAAAUUUGUUAUUUAAAAACUAUGCAAUUUGAGCCAUCAAGUGUCGUUGUAAGACCGUUGCGUUAAACUGAGAGAUCAGGAUCGCCCCCUUUUAGUGCACUGACGUAGUACAAACAGCGAAAUAUUCAAAUUCGCAUUUUGGCGACAGCCUCUUUCAGUAUUCUCAUAUUAUGUAUUUCUGAUCAUCUAAAAUGUUGUAGAAUUUUCCUUCUGAGUAGUAGUUUAUUAUACUCUUCUUCUUACGGUUCGUGCCGGUAUAUUAUGUAUUUUGUCCGCAAAGUCCCCUUGGAGGGGAGGUACUGUAAUUUUUGCACCUGGACAGCUAUCUUUCUUCUUAUCCAAUAUUAUGGUAGUUUGGAGAAAUGGUACGUAACGUUCAAUCAAGGAAAGAAACGUCCAGUUGUAACCCCAAUGGCAGUGUAUUUGUGAGUCUGGUUAUAGAAAAUGUAUUUUUGAUGAGCGGUUGAGCGAUAGCGUAACUAAGUUUGCAAUACUGUACUGGGGUUGUAAAGAGAAGUGUUAGAGAAAUAAAAACUUAAUUUCAAAACUAA